GAUCGAGUGUUCUUUGUACUUCGUGCUCCAUCCCUCGUCCCUCGUCCCUCGUCCCUCAUCUCGAUCUCUUCAAACCUCUUCACAGAAGAGAAACAUUACUACGCCCCCAUUUGAUAUCUGGUUCAUCCUAUCAGUCUCUGGAGCCGAUAAGCCUUGUCGUUAUCAGCCUUAUCUGAACGACAACAACCUCCGGAUACUCUCUUUUUCGACGUCGUCUUUUGGAUAUACAUCACCCUCAAUUCAUGCAUCGUUGUGAGGUAUAAAAUCAACUGGGCUCUCUACAUUACUACCUAGGCACGACCAAAAGCCAUUUCCACCGCAAGGCAUUCUUUGGUGAAUAAUCUUGUCGAGGAAAAGUUGGAUAGCAUCAGUUUUAUUUAAUUAUCUCGAAACAGAAUACUAGGUCAACAUGGCAGACACAAAGACGUCAGUUGUCAUUACAUAUUCCAAACCAGGAACCGCCCCACCAAUAUAUCUUGCCGGCUCCUUUCCUGAAUCAGGAUGGCAACCUCGGGAGAUGGAAUAUAAAAAUGUUUCAAAUGAUCAUUACGUAUUCUCGAAAGCCGUCGAAGUGGAAGAGGGGAAAGAAUAUCAAUACAAAUUCAGGAUUGGUAAUGGGGAUUGGUGGAUGUCGGAUGAAGAUGCUCCAAUUGUUGUCGAUGAUAUUGGAAAUCGAAACAACCUUCUUUCUGUUCCGACCAAACCAUCUUCACACAACAAAUCCUCUUCCGACGAAGAGAACUCAACUCCUCGCACAAUACCCGAAACUGACAUCAAGGCGUCAACAAUGGAUACCAUAAUCGAGCCAACUCAGCACACUGAGUCCAAAGACAAAGUUUCUGAUAACCCGGAUGUCGAGACAGUCACGUCAGUAAAGGAUUCUCCGUCGGAUCAUGGCGUUGAAACUGAAUCAAAGAAGCCCGAAGAGACGCAUGAAAAAUCACUACCUGUUGCCGAAGCUGGCCAUGCAGUUGAGUCUGGAAAAGAAGCUCCAGAGCUUGGUUUGGCUAGCGUGCCGGCUGAAGAGCUCGAAGUUUCAACUACCGGAUUUGAUGAACCAGAACAUCUGGAAUCACAUGCUCAAUCAGUAACCGAGGAAAUAAAGACAGCAACUGCAGAUCUGCCAGACACGUCAAGUGUACCAGUAGACGAACUUGAAGUUUUAGAUACUGAAAUUAAAGAGCCUUUAAAUUCGGAGUCACAUGCUCAACAAGAGACUGCCAACGAGUUGAAGACAACAACAGAAACUCCUGACUUGCAUCCAACUUCAAUCGCCCAAGAGGCUAGUGAGACCUCCGAGGACUCCCCUGCUGGUGAAUCGAAUGUGCCAGAAUCUAAGGAAAUCAUAAGUCAAGAUGAUGAGGUACUACAUGCCGAGACCGGUACAAAGGAUGGCGAAUUCACAGAACAACAAAAGCCUGCCCAUUCCACAAUCGAAGAAUCCAAUCCUAGUGAGAGUGAGAAAAAAGAAGAGACUACUCACGCCGAAGAGCCAGCGUCCAUACAAGCGCCUGUUACUAGCGAAGACGUGGAUAAUACCAAGGAAGAACCAGUUGUUGCUCACAUCGAAGAAUCAACAUUGGAGCCAGAACAAGAUGCUAGCAAGAGUGAACCAAAAGAAGAAACUGAUUUGGCAGUUGGUGACGCCAAUCUUGAGGAAAAACUUACGGAAGAGGCAGACACAAGCAAAUCACAUUCUGAGCCCCUCAUUUCGAUUCCAGUCAUCGCCGAUGAAACCACUGGGGAGGUAGCUGAAGAGCCCAAGGACGAGCUCAAGGACGAAAAGUUAGAGAGCUCUGAGAUUAAUGCUUCCAAUGUUGUACCUCCCAAGGAAAGUGUCGAAAGUGUUUCAGAAGAUUCUGGUACUACGGAUCAAGUGAUUGCACAGGAAACUGACACUACACCUAAAGAAGAACAGCCAGUGUCUGAACCAAUUGUAAAUGAGAAACCGACUGAAAUCGAAUCGACCACCCCUAGCGAGGAAAAUGCGGUUCAGGAAGACGACAACUCCAAAGCAACCGAGGUAGAAGAAAAAUCUGCUGUUGAAACAUCAGUCGACGGGACAAUUGAAGCACAAAAGCCAAAUGAUGAGAUUGACUCUAACAGCAAAGAAAGCCCUGACCAGGAAGUUGUUCAGCAAGGUGAAACCGAUAAACCUGUCGAUGGCACGGAAAGUCUUACAGAGGACGAUAGCCAUCCAAGCAUCCCAAUCGAAGUUGCAUCGGCCCCGAUUGUAAGUGUCGAAAAGGUUGAUUCCGAGCCACGUCUUGGCGAUGAUUUCGGGAGUAACGCAACAUAUGCGCAAAAGGACGCACAUAGUUUACAUGCCCAGGAUGCUUCACCUGAUCACAUCACCAUCAGACAGCAAGCAACCACUCCAGACUUAGCCAAUGUUGCUGCUGAGGUUGCAGACUCUGCUGAAUUACUUGAUGAAACACCACCAACACCUCCUAUGUCAGAUACGGAGGCUGGCAAGAUUGGGUAUAGACGACUCUCACAUACACCAAUUCCAGAGGUUGCAGCAACUGCUGCCGAGGUUGCCGAUUCGGCAGCUCAGAUUGAUGAAGAUUCCAAGCCAACUUCAAUCGAGCUACCAACCCAGCAGGACUUCGUCUCGCGUGGCGUUGACGAUUUGGAGCGGGAUUUGGACACGGAAACGCCAUCUGAGGAACGGGCACCACUUUUUGCCCAUGAGUGCAAUGGACCCCCUACCGCUGAAGAGCGUUUGAAAUACGAGAGCGCUCAGACUCAACUACCAGCUUCAGAGCCAAUGUUUCGAGAAUUUGAUCCGAAUGAUCCUGGCCUCGAGCCAUUUCCUAACAAUUUUAAUCAGAUAUUGGAGCAUGUCAGAAGACUUGAAAAUCAUUUGACCGAGGAUCCGGCAGAGGCCGAAAGAAACCCGCUUUCCCCUGUUACUACGAAUGGCAAUCAUCAUGCAACUGCCAGUUUAACAACGCCCUCGCCACAAUCGCUUGCACAUGAAAGCUCUCCGUCGUUGCUUCCAAUUGUGGAAGAAAAUGCAGAAGGUGAAUCGGAAUCCAAAUUGACUGCUUUACCACCUAGUAUGGAGAAGUCCCAAGCUGAUGGGAAUGGUCCGGAUGAAGCGAAUGAAGAAUCCGGUGAACAACCAAUUGAAACGACUGAUGCCGAGACUUUAAAGACAGAUGUAGCAGAAUUGUCUGAACCUGCAGCUACCGAGAUUUCCAAAAGCCCAUCGCCUCAAUUAUCAGCUACAAAAUUCACCGAGGCUUCAGGUAAACUUCGACCGGUUCUUCCAGAUUUGCCUUUAACUCCUUUCGUGGAAGAUAAAUCGCUUGAUCGUGCGGAAGGCUCUACAACCAGCUCUCCAGUUCCAGGUCAGGAUAGCCCAAGCAUCACAGUCCAACCAGCAACUCCAGCUGCGAGUGUGAAUGUAAAGGUCGACCCAUCUCCCUCUGAGCAGGAUGCUGCUAAGACCACAUCAUUCGCGGAAGAGGCUAAUGACUCCCAAUUGAGAGCUCGUAAACAACCAUCAUCUAGUGCACCCGACCGAUCGAUUACCCCGUCUUCCAUGCGUUCUGGCGGAAAUGACGCCAAAUCCCGCAACUUUCUCCGAGCAUUUUUCCAGGUAGUAUUUGUGGAUUGGAUUGGAGGACUGAUUAGGAAGUUAUGUGGUGGCGGACGUCACACGUAAGGAAAUCUUCCUUUUGGACUUGAUCUUUCCUUAUUUUCUUACAUGAUACCCUCGAGUCUUUUAUUAUACCUUUGGACUCGCAUCAAGCUGAUCGGUACCCUUAACAUGAAAAUUAGGCUUAUAGCCGUUCCUGCACUCCUUAUCGUCGCUACUGCACCCAUCCUGUACUUAUCUGGCCUGGCCAAUUUUGGUUUUGGUCUUAGCUCCUGAACACAAUUGCUUGCUUGCAACGGAACGGAUUAUGUUUAUUUCGCGAAUUGCCCAUUUUUGAUCGAAGGGGAGGAGAGAGGGGGGAGGAGGUAAUACAAGGGUUGGAAGGAUGAUGAAUGAUGCAUGAAAAGGGGUUUAACGACGCAAUCAAUCAUUGAUUCAUUGAUUCAUUCCUUUAUUGAUGGUUGGUGAAGGGAGUUGUCUUUUUCGAGGAGGUUGUUUACAAGAUUACAUUGCAUUGCAUUGUAAUUAUAGUAUCCUAACGUUCUUGACGCUUUGGUACUAAUGGUAUUUGAGUAGUCUAGAAUCCAAAUGAAAACGAAAACGA